CGUACUUGGUACCUGCUGUGUUGAAGAGCUACCUAAGGGAAGCUACUCUAAAAUAUGUCAUGACUAGAAUUUUUACGUACGUUUGACAAGUGUUAUCUUCAUAAUCUUGUGUGAUUGGCAGUUGUGACAAACAUGAGAAGCUUUCGUUUUCUUAAGUGUACUCCAUUAUCCAAGUUCAAACCAAUCAAUAACCCUUUAGCAGAUGGCAGUGUUGCUGUCUAUGUUAAAAGAUGUUCUAGUACGUCCUCCAGUAAGCUACAAUGGAGCUAUGCACAUGGACCAGGGGACACGCCCCUUUUAGGGGCUACCAUUGGUCAACUUCUGCAACAGCGGACCGAGAGACAUCCGGACAAAACAGCUGUGGUGUUCAGUGCUACAGGGGACAGACUCUCCUUUUCAGAGCUUCUGGAUCAGGCAGACCAGCUGGCAGCAGGCUUGUUGACUCUGGGAGUCAAGAAGGGAGACCGUGUGGGAAUAUGGGGACCCAACUCAUUAGAAUGGGUGAUUACUCAGUAUGCCACCGCCCGGGCCGGGAUUAUUCUGGUGAACAUCAAUCCACAGUAUAGACCUUCGGAGCUCGAAUUCACACUCAAAAAAGUGGGUUGUAAAGUUUUGAUAGCGGCAGAAGAGUUCAAAGGUCAGAGUUAUUAUGAAUAUCUGUUUCACCUGGUACCAGAAUUGGCCAGCUCAUCAACAGCUCAAGUUCACAGUCACCUCCUUCCAGAUCUCAAACACAUUAUCAUGAUGGGAAAUAAAUCACAUUCAGGAACAUUAAAUUUCAAUGACAUCAUGAUGGCAGGGACAAACGAGAAUCGGGCAGAAAUUCUGAACUUACAGAACAAAGUUCAGUUUGAUGAACCAAUCAACAUUCAGUUCACAUCGGGAACAACAGGAAACCCCAAAGGAGCUACACUUUCUCAUCACAACAUUGUCAACAACAGUUACUUUAUCGCCAAGAGACUUAAUUAUGACAAAAAUGACACCAGCAUCUGUGUCCCCGUCCCCCUGUAUCAUUGUUUUGGAAUGGUUCUGGGUAGUCUCUGUACCGUCACAGCAGGAUCUACAUGUGUGUUUCCUUCUCCAACAUUUGAUGCGGGUCAGGCACUCAAAGCAGCCGCUCAGGAAAAAUGUACUUCAAUGUAUGGAGUCCCUACUAUGUUUAUUGACAUGUUGAAUCAUCAUGACUUUGCCACCUUUGACCUCUCUUCUCUGUACACCGGGGUCAUGGCAGGGUCACCUUGUCCCAUAGAAACGCUAAAGCAGGUCAUCAGUCGGAUGAACAUGGAUCGGGUCACAGUGUGUUAUGGACUGACAGAGACCAGUCCAGUCACUCACCAAUGCUACCCGACGGAUGACCCAGAAAAACGAGUGAGCACAGUGGGCCGCGCCCAGGACCAUGUAGAGUGUAAAGUGAUUAAAGAAGAUGGUACAGUGUGUCCAAUCAGUGAAUCUGGAGAAUUGUGUACACGGGGGUAUAAUACAAUGUUGUAUUACUGGGACGAACCAAGGAAAACGAAGGAUGUCAUCGGCACUGACCGAUGGUUCCACACAGGAGAUAUAGCAGUGAUGGAUGAAGAUGGUUUCUGCAAGAUCGUUGGCAGAAUAAAAGACAUGAUUAUCAGGGGUGGUGAAAACGUUUAUCCUACUGAAAUAGAACAAGUCAUCUACAAGAAUCCCAAAGUCAAAGAUGUUCAGGUGGUGGGGGUACCAGAUAAAAGGCUGGGAGAAGAAAUUUGUGCCUGGAUACAAGUCAAGGAGAACCAGUCCAUUUCUGAGGAGGAGAUCAAGUCCUAUUGCCGAGACAGGCUUGCUCGGUAUAAGAUUCCGAGAUACAUCAUGAUUGUGAACGAAUUUCCUCUGACUGUGACCGGAAAAGUCCAGAAAUAUAAAAUCCGUGAUGUUGCCAUAGAGAAGCUUGGUCUGGAACACAUGACACCAAAUUAGCUCGCCUCAACAGUGAAACAUCCAAUCUGUGCAAUCAAAUAUAUCCAAACUUAUGCAACUAAAUGUCCAAAAGUAUGCAAUCAUGUCCUGAUUUUAAAAGUAUGCAAUCAUGUCCUGAUUAUAAAAGCAUGCAAUCCAUGUUACUGUGUUUACUAGUGUGUUAUGUUGAGGAUGGAGAGAGAAUGUUGAAAGGAAAAAAAAUGUAUAUAUUAUAUGAUUUUAUGAAGAAAUUUACACCAUUACUAGUUUUUAACUUUGAGAAAGUUACAUGUAUAUAGAUUUCCUCAAUGUUGAAUAAUGUGUUUUUAUAAUUAUAUAUGAUAAACUUUUUAGUGGAUUUAGAAAUGGUAUAUUUUUGCAUUUAAUUGAUUUCUAUAAAUUAAAUUUUAUGUUGACAUAUUUAAUUCUACAUGACAGAUGUAUAAUUUUGUUGGCAAUAUGCUCCUGUGUACAGGUUGUGUGUGUCUUAUCAGUGGCGGAUCUAGAUGUGGGGUUAUUACCCCCACCCCAAAUCUUUAAAUUCUUUUACUUGGGAUGCAACCAACCCUUUCCCCUUGUAAAUUUUCUGGAUCCACCACUGGUUAGGUUACAGAAAUACUUCAGUAUUACAAUAAAGGUUUAUAUAAUGUGUAUAA